CGCCCGCCCCCGGCGUGGCCUCCCGUGUUCCCGCAACUCCCAAACGCCGAGUUUUCGCGGGAAAAAAAUCAGAGCAGCUGGCAGUGCAGAGGGCAUUGGUGGCCGGCUGGGCGCUCCGGGUCGCACGCACGUCCGCGCAGGGUCGAGUCCACGUACGCGGCUCAGUCGCCAUCCCCAGCCGGGUCAGGUGCGCAGGCAGGCAAGUGGUCGGGGCGGCGGGAGAGUACCAGCAGGCACCAUGUGGAUCCAGGUUCGCACCAUGGAUGGGAAGGUGGCCCACACCGUGGACUCACUGUCCAGGUUGACCAAGGUGGAAGAGCUGAGGAAGAAGAUCCAGGAGCUGUUCCAGGUGGAGCCAGGCCUGCAGAGGCUUUUCUACAGGGGCAAGCAGAUGGAGGAUGGCCACACCCUCUUUGACUAUGACGUUCGCCUUAAUGACACCAUCCAGCUUCUGGUCCGGCAAAGCCUUGUACUUCCCGCCAGCAGCAGCAAGGAGCGGGACUCUGAGCUUUCUGACACAGAUUCCGGCUGCUGCCUGGGCCAGAGCGAGUCAGACAAGUCCUCCAACAGCGGCGAGGCGGCCGUGGAGACGGAUGGGAAGGCGGGUUUAGCGGAUGAGGAUGUAUGGGACGAGACAGAGCUCGGCCUGUACAAGGUCAAUGAGUACGUGGACGCUCGGGACACGAACAUGGGAGCCUGGUUUGAGGCGCAGGUUGUCAGGGUGACAAGGAAGGCACCAUCCCAGGACGAACCCUGCAGUUCGACCUCUUGCUCGACCCUGGAAGAGGACGUCAUUUAUCACGUGAAAUAUGAUGACUACCCGGAAAAUGGAGUGGUCCAGAUGAGUUCCCGGGAUGUCCGGGCCCGUGCCCGACAUAUCUUCAAGUGGCAGGAGCUCGAGGUGGGCCAGGAGGUCAUGCUCAACUACAACCCUGACAACCCGAAGGAUCGGGGCUUCUGGUAUGACGCGGAGAUCGUGCGGAAGCGUGAGACACGGACAGCGCGGGAGCUGUACGCCAACGUCAGGCUCGGGGAUAAUUCUCUCAAUGACUGUCGGAUCAUCUUUGUGGAUGAAGUCUUCAAGAUUGAGCGCCCAGGCGAGGGGAGCCCCAUGGUUGAAAACCCGAUGAGAAGGAAGAGCGGGCCCUCCUGUAAGCAUUGCAAGGACGACCAGAGCAAGAUCUGCCGUGUGUGUGCCUGCCACCUGUGUGGGGGCAAGCAGGACCCUGACAAGCAGCUCCUUUGUGACGAGUGCGACAUGGCCUUUCACACAUACUGUCUCUGCCCGCCCCUCAGCAGCAUUCCCACGGAGAACGAGUGGUAUUGCCCUGAGUGUCGAAAUGACGCCAGUGAGGUGGUGCUGGCAGGGGAGAAGCUGAAAGAGAGUAAGAAGAAGGCGAAGAUGGCAUCGGCCACGUCAUCGUCGCAGCGGGACUGGGGCAAGGGCAUGGCGUGUGUGGGCCGCACCAAAGAGUGCACCAUCGUUCCGUCCAACCACUACGGACCCAUCCCGGGAAUCCCCGUGGGCACCAUGUGGAGGUUCAGAGUCCAGGUCAGCGAGUCGGGGGUCCAUCGACCUCACGUGGCGGGCAUCCACGGCCGGAGCAAUGAUGGGGCGUACUCCUUGGUCCUGGCAGGGGGGUACGAGGACGAUGUGGACCAUGGGAAUUCGUUCACAUACACAGGGAGCGGUGGUCGAGACCUUUCUGGCAACAAGCGGACGGCAGAGCAGUCCUGUGAUCAGAAACUCACUAACACCAACAGGGCACUGGCUCUCAACUGCAGUGCCCCCAUCAACGACCGCAAAGGGGCGGAAGCCAAGGACUGGCGGUCCGGGAAGCCGGUCCGGGUGGUGCGCAACGUCAAGGGCCGCAAGCAUAGCAAAUACGCCCCCACGGAGGGCAACCGCUACGAUGGCAUCUACAAGGUCGUGAGGUACUGGCCUGAGAAGGGGAAAUCGGGCUUCCUGGUGUGGCGCUAUCUCCUGCGGAGGGAUGAUAAUGAACCUGGCCCCUGGACAAAGGAAGGGAAGGACAGGAUCAAGAAGCUGGGGCUGACCAUGCAGUAUCCGGAAGGCUACCUGGAGGCCCUGGCCAAGAAGGAGAAGGAGAAGGAGAAGGAGAACAGAAAGAGGGUGGCCGAGGAGGAGGAAGACGAGGAGGAAGAGCAGGAGGAACAGGAGGGCUUCUCCCCCAGGAAGGGCAAACGGAAGAGCAAGUCAGCAGGUGGCAGGACCGGCGCCGGGUCCCCGGGAAGGACACCCAAGAAAACCAAGGUGGAGCCAUAUAGCCUGACAGCGCAGCAGAAGGGCCUCAUCAGGGAGGACCAGGGCAACACCAAGCUGUGGACCGAGAUCCUCAAGUCGCUCAAGGAUGGGCCGAAAUUCCUGAGUAAAGUGGAGGAAACGUUCCAGUGUAUUUGCUGUCAGGAGCUGGUAUUCCGCCCGAUCACGACCGUGUGCCAACAUAAUGUGUGCAAGGAUUGCCUGGACAGAUCCUUCCGGGCCCAGGUGUUCAGCUGCCCCGCCUGCCGCUAUGACCUGGGCCGGAACUACGCCAUGCAGGUGAACCAGCCGCUUCAGACAGUCCUCAACCAGCUCUUCCCCGGCUACGGCAACGGCCGGUGAUCCUCAAGCACUUCUCACCGGGCGUUUUUAAAAAACGCAUCAGAGGGGUCUUUGGGCCCCCCCCCUUUUUAGUGGGCUUAACUUAAGCAGGUAGUUUUCCCUCUACUCCCUAAAAAGUCUUGUCUUCCUGUUUUUUGUUUUUUGUUUUGUUUUAAUCUAUAAAUUUUCAGGAAUUUUGUAUUAUGGCUCAAAGAAAGAAAGAAAGUUGGACAGUGUUUUACCUUGCUUUUUUAAAAAAACUACAAAGCCUGCAGAGUAUCAGCGAAAAACAAAAUUUUUCUGAAGAUGGAAUUAGAAAUGACUUGGCCUGAGGACCGCUUAUGUUCCCAACGUCAAGUUCUCAGAAGUUCCUAUGAGGAGGCAUUGGCUGCCUAGAACGAUCUUUUCCACGUGUGUGGGUUUGGCCCCCAAAGCUGAAAGCAAGUGUACCUUUCUGACAGAAUUGUAUCCCCCCAAACCCAGCAGGACGGUGCCUGGUGGUGGCCCUGGGUGUGGCAUGGCCCCACCAUCAUCAUCAGGACAUUGUUGAAAGGAAAAGAGGAAAGAUCCCGUUGAGCCCAGUUUAAACUCUGGCCUCAAAGCCAUCUGCCACCAGUCGGCUUCCGUGUUUAAGACCACACGCAGUGGCCUGUGUCCCUUGAGCAGAGUUGAGGCCACACAGAAGCUACCUCCGCUGGACUCUACGGGGGGCUGGGUGUGCCACCAGUGCUGUCUGAUCUGUAAUGCCACGGACACAGAUGUACAAAGCCAUGUUCAAGUGCCUUUGGUCCUUUCUUUCUUUCUAAACACAGGGCUGUUUUUAGCACUGAAUUAAUGAAAAUGCCAACCAGAGUCUCAGACUGCCCAAUCAGUUCUUCCUUAGACCAGGUGAGUGUUUAGGGAUGAGUUGAGUUUUGUUCCUUCAAAUUAAAUUUUCAUUUUGCCAAUUCAGAGUUACAGGAGGGAGUUUGUUUUUAAAGUAAACACUUUCUCUAAAUGAAAUUUUUUUUUUUUUUUGUAGUUACUGUAUAUGUACCAAGAAAUAUAUAACUUAGGGUUUGGUUGUUUUUGGGUUUUGUUUUUGGUUGGUUUGUGUUUUUUAUUUUUAUUUUUUUGGUUUUGUAUUGGAAUGAUUUGUUAAGUUUUCUAACUUUACCAAAGUUUGCAGCUUAUACCUCAAUAGAACAGGGAUAUUUUAAAUCACAUAACUGCAGACAAACUGGAGCAAUAUUGUUUGAAAAGUUUUUUUUUUCCUCAUUAUUAUUAGGUUGUUAAUGUAUUAGGAAGAAAUGACAAAAUCCUGUGUAGGCAUUUUCUAGAAGUUCCAUAUUUUUUGUCCAGAUUUUAGAUUCUCAGAAUAAAUGUCUUUUACAGAUGUA